AUGUUUUCAUUUAACGGUGGCAAUAAAACGAAACUUAAAGAAUAUGACGACACGAGAACUCCACGAACAAAACGGGUUUCAAUGUCAUUAUCUUAUCGUUUUCUUGUUGUUGCUAAUACACAAAAUAUAAAGUCAGGCUUGACAAUCAACAGUCCUAAAAUAAACUUCUUUCCUAACUCAUUUAGAUGUGUAAUCAGCAAAAAAAACUUUGUUUUGACAAAACGUUUCAUUUUAUCCUCGCAUAGCAACGAAGUCGUGAAAACUUCAAAUAACCAUGCAUGA